CGCCCACUCCGGGGCGGUCGCCGCCUCCUCUGCGCCGGGGUGCCGGGCGCUGGGCCGGCAGGCAGCGCACACCCUGCAGGCGCCGCGGAGCAGUGAGGUCCCAGGCGGCAGCGCUCGGCGCAAUCCUCGCUCCGGCCGGGCCAUGAAGGUCGAGUUUGCGCCGCUCAACAUCCCGCUGGCGCGGCGGCUGCAGACGGCGGCGGUGCUGCAGUGGGUCCUGUCCUUCCUUCUGCUCGCACAGGUGUGCCUUGGAGUCAUCGUGUUCCUGAUCAUAUACAACUACUGGUUCCUCUACAUCCCUUAUUUGACAUGGCUUUACUUUGACUGGCAAACCCCAGAGCAAGGAGGCAGGAGAUCCGACUGGGUCAGAAGCUGGACCAUUUGGAGGUACUUUAAGGACUAUUUUCCAAUUCAUCUCAUCAAAACUUGGGAUUUGAAUCCAAGUCACAACUACAUAUUUGGGUUUCACCCCCAUGGAGUGCUUGUUGCUGGAGCCUUUGGAAACUUUUGUACAAAUUAUUCAAACUUCAAGGAGCUGUUUCCUGGCCUUACUGCAUAUCUUCACGUGCUUCCAUUUUGGUUCCGGUGUCCGCUCUUCCGAGAAUAUCUGAUGAGUAGUGGGCCAGUCUCAGUUUCCAGGAGAAGCGUGUGUCACGUGCUCAGCAAGGAAGGAGGUGGAAACAUCUCAGUCAUUGUGCUUGGGGGUGCAGAGGAAUCACUGGAUGCCCAUCCUGGAAAGUUCACUCUGUUCAUCCGCCAGCGGAAGGGAUUUGUGAAAAUUGCUCUGACCCAUGGUGCUUAUUUGGUGCCAGUGUUUUCUUUUGGUGAAAAUGAACUAUUUAAACAAGUUAGCAACCCUGAAGGCUCAUGGCUUCGAACUGUGCAGGAGAAACUACAGAAGAUCAUGGGAUUUGCUUUGCCACUGUUCCACGCCAGAGGAAUUUUUCAAUACAAUUUUGGCCUAAUGCCCUAUAGGAAACCCAUCCACACUGUUGUUGGCCGCCCAAUCCCUGUUCAUCAGACCCUGCACCCGACCCCAGAGCAGGUUGAGGAGUUGCAUCAGACCUAUAUGGAGGAGCUAAGGAAAUUAUUUGAGGAGCACAAAGGGAAGUACGGUAUUCCAGAAAAUGAAACUCUCAUUUUUAGAUAACUGUCCUCUUAGAAGGAUACAAGAGGGCGAGAGAAUAUCCCAUUGAAAGAACAAAUAUUUUAAAUAAAUUAAAUUUUUUCUUUGAUGAAGGAAUCAAAUUUGCAACUGA